UUACUUCACACCUCGCUUUCUUUUCACUGUAACUUCACACCUCCCUGCACUCUGAGAGCUACCCGAGCCUAUGGCAUGUAGGCCUACAAAUGGAGUCGGAAACUGAAAGUAUUCUAACAUUAGCCCACUUACUUUCAUUUUCGGCUUGAAAGGCAUCCAGCCACUCCAACAUUGCGUGGUGAUUACUUUCAUGGGCACGUUUAGCUAUAAUUUAACUAAAAUAAAUAGUUGAAAGAUUGAUAUCGCCUUCUUGAAACAAAUGCAUUUUGUUUGUGCCUGUUAGUCUACAGUAGUGUACAAAAAGGGAUCAUGUGAUUGUGAAUAGGCCUACUUGUGGUCUGUACAUCUCCAGUACUUUUGAAUAUUUUUUGUGGGAAGUAUUCAUUUAAAACGUAUUUUCAAGAUGGAGAAGGCAGGCACGAACAUGCAUCUGAGAGAGUGGCUGAUAGCGCAGGUAGACAGCGGAAAGUACGCAGGACUCACCUGGGAGAACCAGAACAAAACCAUGUUCAAGAUCCCAUGGAAACACGCGGCAAAGCAGGACUAUAAUUUGAAUGACGAUGCAGCACUUUUCAAGGCAUGGGCAGUGUAUAAGGGGAAGUACAGAGAGGGGAGGGACAAGGCAGACCCCACUUCCUGGAAGACUCGUCUCCGCUGUGCCCUCAACAAGAGCACAGACUUCCAGGAGGUCCCAGAGCGCAGCCAGCUGGACGUCUCCGAGCCCUACAAGGCCUACCGUAUCCAGGUAGUGACAGAGACAGGCAGAUACUCAGAAUCUCCAGAAACUGAGAGUCAGGUGAUAAUCCAGACCAGGAGCUCCAGUGCUCACCUGAGGAACACCAUCACACACCAUCCACAGUUUGGCUGCGAUAGGGAAUCAGAGGAAAGGGAUGGAAGAGUCAGCCACAGUGGGGGUUUGGACCAUGUAUACUACUCUUCCAACACAGGGACUCUCCAGAUGGACAGCUGUGCUCCCUUCUCCAUAUUCAGCCCCACACCACAGAUCUCUGACUUCCGUGUGCGGGUGUGUCUGUUCUACCAGGACCAGCUAGUAGUGGAUGUGACCACCAGCACCCCAGAUGGCUGUUUCAUUCUACAUGGUCAGGUGCCCCUGGGGAACGAGAGGAUCUAUGGCCCCUGCACAGCCCAACAGGUCCCCUUCCCCCCUCCAGGGGUCAUCCACCUGCCCCCCUGUAUCGCUGAGGCCAUGGGCCGCCUGCUGCCCCACUUGGAGAGGGGUGUCCUAGUGUGGGUGGCUCCAGAUGGGGUGUUUAUCAAGAGGUUCUGCCAGGGCAGGGUGUACUGGAGUGGCCCUCUGGCCCAGCACACAGACAGGCCCAACAAGCUGAACAGAGAGAGGACCUGCAAGCUGCUGAAUACACCUAUUUUUCUGAACGAGCUCCAGGACUUUCGCAAAGGGGCGGGACCCAAACCGCGCUACGAGAUUGACCUCUGCUUUGGCGAGGAGUUUCCCGAUGCCAGCCCCCUGAAAACAAGGAAGCUGAUCAUUGCACAGGUAGUGCCCCUGUUUGCUGUCAACCUACUGCAGAGGUGCCAGAGGUUGGGGCCAUAAGAGAGACCACGCCUUCACACACACGUCACCAAGGGGGAGGGUUAAAAGGGUCAGUCCCAACCCUCUCCCAGCACUGAUGAGACCAGGACCCAUCUCUGAGUAACCCCUUAGGAACACCCCCCCCCCCCCCCCCGGUACCCUCCUGUCCCAGUCUAGCCAGCCAUGAUGAGGGGUGAGUCGAGUCUCGAGACGCCCCCCAAAAAUAUCUGCGUUUGGCUGCCUGUG